AUGGAUCAGGAAGGCCAAACAUUGCUUUCAAAAGAGUUUCAAGAAGUCCUGCUGGCUACUGCAUCCGGAAACAAUACAUCAUGGACAGAAAGGACUGUUUCCAACAAUGGGAGUACCGAUACAGGGAAACACGAUCCUAAGCUGGGCCAGAACGAUGUAUUUGACCUAGAUCAUUUAUCCUUCGAUAAAUGGGUGCCUUUUUUAAGAAGCACGCUUGAUAGGAACCAACUGGAUCCCGUGAUUGAUGAAUUGGAGAAUUCGAUUGAAGAUAAUUUUCAAGGGCUAGAGUUGCAGUUAUUACAAGACUCUCAAAUGAAUGAUAAGUUGGAAACAUCUAUAGAUGAGAUUGCGAAUAUUCAAGGUAUGGUACAAGAUACUCUAUCCAGCGAAAUUUCAAAAUUUCAAAUGAAGUUGCGCGAGUCAGCCAAUGAAUUAAUUACCAAAAAGCAAAUGUAUGUUAAUAACAAAAAAAUCUCGCUAAAAAUUUCUGAAGCCACAAUUUUGAUCACCAAGGUUGUUAGAAUUUUGGAAUUAUCUAGCAAGUGUCAAGAAUUGAUUACUGAAAGAAAAUUCUUCAAAGUGCUACAAAACUUGGAUAGCUUAGAGAAAUUAUAUCUACAAGAAUUUAAAAAUUACAAUUUUCAAUUCUUAAUUGAAAUUUACAACUCCAUACCAUUUUUACAGAAGGUCACGAAAGAUGAGUGUAUAAAUUUGAUAAGGAAUUCUUUGAAUCUGAAUUUAGGUAAGAAUUUGAUUAAGGUGGGGCAAGAAUUUGUGGAAAUUUAUGAGAAUGAGUUACUUCCGCAAUGGCUUGAAACAAGAUCUAGAAUGAAAUUGACUAAUUUCAAAUUUAAUUCGCCGGUAGAAAUUUCUAUGAGGGAGGAAUCUUCUCUAGCCAAGGUAAACUUGGGUGAAUUUUUCCAAUUAGAUGACUUUCACGAUUCUAUAAUGAUUUUUCAAAGCUUAAACGAAUUCGGUACUCUUUCGAGUGAGUUCAAUAAAGAAUAUGAACUAAGAAAGACAAAAUUGAUAUAUCCGUUGAUAUGGAAAAAGAAUAAAACGGGCGCAUAUCAAAUGGACUCAUUAUUACGCGGGACUGGUACUACCUCUGGUCCUGCUUCACAUGAAAUCUCUGCAGAUGAUCCUUUUACACAAAAUCUAAGUUUAUCCUUUUUACAGGAUUAUUUUUUGAAAAUUCUCGGGUUCUUAUUGUAUGAUAUCAACUUGAAUAAAGCCACCGAAUUCAUUCUUGUUGAUAAUAACUAUAACUCCACAAAUGAAUUCUGGGAUGGACUUAUGACAAGAUUGACAUCAUACUUAAAGUAUUUUAUCGACGAAAAGCUAACAACAGAGGAAGAUAUGAUCAAAUUGAAAGAUUUUCUCUGUAUUUAUGUUGCUAUUUUAGAAAACUUUAAAUUGAACAUCGAACCUCUCUACAAAAUUCUGGUUUCGAUUUUUGAGAAAUUCUGUUCUGUAUCAUUGAGAGCAUUCGACGAUGAAUUUAAAAUUUUGUUAAAUGAUGAUGAUUUCAUGCCUUUAUCAAUCAAUGACAAGACUUUAUAUGAGAAAGUUCUAAAGAUUUGUUGGAUGAAAGAGGAUGAACACCUUCACGUGCCAGAAUCGACAAGCGGAGAACUGUUUUCUGUGACUUUACCUUUUUCUCCAUUAUAUCCAAUGACAUGUACACUAGCUAAGAAGACAUAUUCUAAAAUAGCCGCAUUUCUAUCCGUAUUCUAUCGUCAUGAAUUGCACACUUUGAACAAUAUCUUGGUGAAAACAAUGGAUGAUGUAUUCAAUGACAUUGUGAACAAAAAAAUUCGUUCUAAACUUGAAAGUACUUCAAGAGAAGAAAUUGCACAAAUUUUAAUCAAUUUAGAUUAUUUCAUCAUAGCAGCAAAGGAAUUCAGCAAUUUCAUGACAAGAGAGAAUAUUUUGCAGAAUCCGGAUAUGGAAAUACGGCUAUCUUCGGUAAAAUAUCUUGCAGAAAGCAGAAAACUAGCAGAAACGAAAUUAAUUGAAUUGAUCGAUUCUAAGAUAUCUGAUAUUCUCGAAACUAUUGAGAUCGACUGGCAGAUAAGGAAGGUUAGGCAAGAUCCAGAUAUUUCCAUCAUUGAUCUGGCACAGUUUUUAGAAAUGAUGUUUGCUAGCACAUUACAAAAUUUACCAUACAGUGUUCAAACGCUAUUGAUUUUCCGGGAAUUUGACUCCUUAACAAGGCAAUUCAUGGAUAUAUUAUUGCAUGAUACACCAAGUGUUAUUACACAUGAGAGCAUAGUAAAUUUUGAGAUUGAUAUUAAUUAUUUAGAAAGCAUUAUUCCUAGGAUAUUCCCCUCUACUCCAGGUACUAUAGAUAGUAAUGGUUAUCAGUCGCCAAUGACGCCUUCAACGCCCACUUUUCCAAAUUCCAACGGCGUUGACGCUCCAACGUUAUUUGAGAAUAACAUUAAAUCGCUAGAAGCUACAUUUAUGGAAUUGAAGCAGUGUAUAGAGCUACUGAAGACACAGGGAAGAGACUAUAAUGAACCGGAAAUAAGGUUAAGAAAAUACUCAAGAAUCAGAAAAGAAGAUGCUGCUUUAUUGUUAAGCAAAAUCAAGCACUUCGUAUCACCCAUAGAGGGAACUAACGAUGAUAAUAAUAGCGUUAUGGAUAGCAGUAGCAUAUUUAACAAUGAUUCAGCAAGUGCUAUUGACUCUAAUACAAGUAGAAUAGCCAAAUUCUUCAACAGACGUUAG